UAGUGGGUAUUAAUACCAUUUUGUGAUGUUAUGUUGGCUGCUGUGGGCAACAGCUGACUGUCAAACAAGUGUGGAGAAUUUGAAUUUAUGUUUAGCCUGGUGGGAUUGAAUUAGGUGAUCCCGAUGGUGUUUGUCUGUAGUAGAUGAUAGCUUUCCAUACGCAUCAUAUGACUGCAGCUGCAGCGCAAGUGAAAGAAAUGCCUCCAUUACGUGUUCUCCAAAAAACUUCAGUUCUAGCUGACAUUAGCAAUAAAUCGCGCCCUCUCAACACUGAAGUUGGCCCGAGGCUGCCACUCAAGCCAUCAAAUGCAAUAAGGAAACCUUUAAAAAAUGUGGAAAAUGAAGUUUUGGGCUUGACAGAAGCAUUAAAUAGGGUUCCCAUAAAUGAGGCAACUUUGAAGCAUGCAGAUAAAAACUGGCUUCAUCAUAAAAAACAGACUUCUUAUUCAUCAACUCUGUAUAACAUACAGGAUAUAGACGAAGAAUCUGCAAAUGACGUAAUUUUUCUUGGAGAAUAUGCAAAAGAUAUUUUUGAAUAUCUCAGAGCACUUGAGGUAAAAUACCCGUUGAGGCCAAAUUUCCUAUGUGGGACAGUGACUCCUCGGAUGCGAUUAGUCCUAGUGGACUGGUUAUUUGAGGUACAGGUUCAGUUUUCUUUACUAUCAGAGACGAUUUUGCUGGCAGUAGCUAUCAUAGAUAGAUACUUACAGAAAGUGCAUGUAAUGGACAAAAAGAAGAUACAGUUACUUGGUGCAGCUUCACUGUUAUUGGCCAGCAAGUACGAAGAAGUAUACCCACCUGAGAUAAGCAGUUUUGUGUAUAUUUGCAGUAAUUUGUACACAAAAAAUGAAAUACUGCAAAUGGAAAUGCAGAUUAUGAGGACUAUCAGUUUCUUUGUUGGUUAUCCAUUGAGUGUCCACUUCCUUCGUCGGUACAGCAAGGCAACUUCUCCGGACGAGGUAACAUACACUUUAGCAAAGUACUUCCAAGAAAUGUGUUUACUGGAUUACGAGCUGUGUCACUUUGCUCCAUCAUGUCUUGCAGCUGCAGCUCUAUAUCUUGCACUCUGGCUGAGGAGAAAAAAUGAACAUGUCUGGUCAGAAACGCUCAUCUAUUACUCGCAGUACAAACUGAAAGACAUAGCACAUAUUUCAAAAAAAAUUGCAUUUGCAGUCAUAAGCAGUGAAAGUUCAAAAUAUCAGGCAUUAUAUGAGAAGUACUCGAGCAGCAUGUUUCUGAAAGUAAGCAGUCUUCCUGAAGUAACACCAGUCUACUUGAAGAGGAUAAUAAAACUUUUGUGAUAGUGUUAAACACAUGGUGUAAUUUUUGUGACAGAUCUUGUAUGUAGUAAGACACUGAACAUUUUAUAUAGUUGACUUUGAAAUAACACAAUUAAUUUGUUAAUUUUGUACUGAUUGUAAAUGUAGCCUAGCUACAAACAUUGCCAACUCCAAUUCAUAAAAUUUUUCAGGAGAGGCGAAAAACUGUUUUGUUUUGCACAUUUACUACCUGCCUUCCGAGUUGGUUAUUACUGUACAGUUUCUUAGCAAUUAGAAUCGUGUUUACAUCAACAUUUUCAUAUGAUCUUACAUAGCUAAAGAGGAAAUGACUGUUGAAAUAUGGUGUUGGCCAUGUUUGUAACUAAGGAAUGGAGUUUGCAGUGUAUGUAACGAACUUUAACCGAACUCCGCAAAUUGCGCUAUUCUAACAUUGUAAAAUCCUCAGUAUUGUUAAAAUUUGUUAUAGGUAUGUUAAACAAAAACUCAAAACUUCCAGUUUUAUUGAAGAACAUGAAAUUGUUUUAUUAAUGAUACAAAUGUAAGAAAAUGGUUCUGUUAGUCUAUACAUUCCACAAGUGUCCAGUUCCUGAAAUUAUACAAUCACUUCCACAUCAUCAUAAUCAGCCUCACUAUUCUGAAUGAGGCAGUCACAGCGAUCAGCUUCUGCGGGUACCUCUUGUUUGGUGUCAUUUUAAUCAAUGAUCUUCUGAAACCAUUUCAUUUCCUCACGUUUGUUCCAUUGCUCCCUCUAAUGUUUUAGAAGCAACUUUAUCUUGUACCUUCAAGGGAUUUACUCUGAUGCGAGAAACUAGUUCUACAGCAUUUAUGUCUCUCACCCAUUUACCUUUCUUCAUAACUAACAAAGGCUGCACAAUCUCGAAAUUAUAGUUGAGUUCUCCACUAAUGGUGACUGAGUUUGACUUCCUAGUCUGCACAAAUCUCUCAAUUUGUGAAAUUUUAAAGUGAAGUGCUCCUGGUUCUUUCACACGUUUUAGCUUCAGCUUUCAAAUCAACAUCAUUCCAGUGACUAUUCAAGAGCUUUACAGUUCCAUGUUUCCUAAAAACUUCAUGGUACUUUCUAGUUAAACAAUUUUCUCCUUUUUCUUUGAAUCUUUCAUUUGUUCCAUUCACAUUCACUCGGGACGAAUGAAUGACCAGUGACAGGGAAAAGACUUUCAUCUUCUGAAUGUUCAGCAGAGUACAGGAUAACCAGGAAAGGCACAUUGCCAAAAUUGUAGUGUUCUUAUUUUGUCCUGGGCAGCCAUCUGCACAAGACAUACACUGAAAGUAACUGAAUCUGCUUUACUGUGUAGUUCAUGUAACACUGUGGAAGUCACUUCAUUAGAUGACUUUUUCAUUUUGUGUUCUCCCCAGGAAUAUAAAGCAACAUUCUCUUUAUUUAACACUAAUUUCCCAGUAAAAUGUCCAGAAACAGUCAAAUUGUAGGAAUACAACUGUCUGGAAUAGUAUGCAGUUUGGUCAGGCAGCUUUGGUGUUGGUAGAUUCUUCUGCAUGUAGAAUGAUACAAUGUACACACUAAGGGUUUCCUUUUUUAGAAGUUUGUACACACUGCAAGCUAAAGGAUUUUACAAUGUCAAAUCUGUCCAUAGUUUCUUUAAUACUUGCUCAACAUUCUCGUGCUUUAUUUUCUCAGUUGCAGGCAAGAAGAACAAAUAUCUGUGGGUGGGGCUUUUGAACUGAUAUUAAAAUUGGUGACAAAAACUUUCCAGAAUAAUGAUUGUGUAAAUUUUAGAUAAUCAGAAACAGAUUUCUGGUACAUUUCCCACAUUUUAGCUAUACUUGGACUAGUGUCCAAAUAAAUAUGAGCACUUCUUGACCUACAGUAAUGUGAUUCACUUCCUUUAAACUGUUUAAUAGAAGUUUUUACAGACGUAAUCCUGGUGCUGUAAACAGCAAUCUUUCUAUAACCUCCAUGGGUUUCAAUGGGUAUAAGAUGUCCUUCUUUCUUGAAACAUUUGAAGACGCCUUCAACUCAAUGUUUUGUAAUGCCAAGCACUCCAAAAAAAUGUACUUCUGCAAACCUGUAUUCUAUUUCCUGCCAUGUUCUCAAUGGAAUAUUAAAAUGUGUAGCCCUUCUCACUCCAAACUCCACCACUUGGCCGAUUUCUAGCUGGAGAAUUUGAUGAGCAGUAUUUCAUUUUGAAAGCAUGCUGACUGUUUUGUUGUUCUCCAUUAAAUAGCUUGAUGCGCACCAUUUUCAAGAGAUUGAAGUUCUUCUAUCCUCUAUGACCACAGUUUGGAAAUACCGGUAAUUUCUUAGGUCCAUACAUACAGCACAACAAUGACAUUAGACACCAGGCUUUCUACCUGGAAAAUCAUGCUGCAGACACACUGAACCUCACUCAACACAUUGAAGAUGGUUUUGAACAGGGUAAGAUAACAGGAGUUGCCUUUGUUGACCAAACAGCUGCAUACAACACUAUCAACCACAGGAAGUUGCUGAGGAAAAUUUACCAACUCGCCAAAGAUUACCAACUAACAUCCCUUAUUGGUACUCUCCAGCAGAGCAGAAGAUUCAUAGUUUCUCUCCAUGGUAAGAAGAGCAGAUGCCGCAUACAAAAGAAUGGCUUACCUCAAGGCAGUGUGCUUGCCUCUGUGCUCUUCAAUGUUUACCCUAAUGACCAGCCCAUAAUGGAAAAUUCCAGGUUUUUCAUCUAUGCUGAUACUGCAGUGGCUGCUCAAGGAAAGAUGGUUGAAGAAGUAGAGGAAAAGUUGACUUCUGUGCUACAUACUCUUGGCUCCUACUACAAAGCCAAUCAUCUAAAGCCAGAUCCCAACAACACUCAGCUGUGCGCAUUUCACUUGAAGAAUAGAGAAACUUGACAGGAACUGGACGUUACAUGGCAAGGCAAAUGAUGGGAGCAUUGUUAAACACCGGUGUGGUUGGAUGUUACCCUUGACUGAACUCAGCCCUUCAAGAAACAUUCCCAUAACACCAGACUGAAAGUUAGUUCACAGAAUAACAUCUUGAGGAAGCUCACAUCCAUUGCCUGGGGAGGAAGUCCCUUCCUUCCUUCCUUCCUGAGAAUUUCGGCUCUUGCUUUGUGUAUAUCCGCUGCACAGUAUGCUUCACCUGUGUGGAGUGCAUCCACUCACAUCAAACAGGUUGAUAUUGCAAUCAAUGAGAUCAUCCAAAUCUUGUCAGAUGUAUGAAGUCAACUUAAGUCGAUAAAAUCUACCUGAUUGUUGGAAUGCCGCCCCCCCCCCCCCCCCCCCACACCCACUAAUAGAAGGGCUGUUACUGCUGAUGUAGAGAGGGCUAAGCAGACUUGUGAUCCCCAACAUUCACUGUAUGAUCAUCAGGCUGUAGUCUGUCGACUGAAGUCGAAAAGAGCUUCAUCACCAGGACUCUACCACUAGAGGUAACACCGGAGUAUAACCGCAUCACCAGGUGGAAGAGCAAGCUACCACCUGAUAUCCCUGUAAAGGAAAAGCUAGCUCUAGGAAAUGACUUGCCGUGCCCUAUUAGGAGAUCGCUCAAUCGUCUUAGGGUGGACGUUCCUCUUUGCAAGACCAAUGUGCGAAAAUGGGGCAUUCUUCCAGGUGAUGUAGAUACAUCCUGCUAGUUCGGAACAACACAAGACCCGGCCCACCUGCUAAUUUGUCGUCAACUUGACCCUGUACAACACAGGACCUGAUCGAGGGAAACAAGAAGCCCAUCGGAGUUGUUACCUUCUGGAAAUGCUGACCGGACACUGGAAUGAAUGAAUGAAUGAUUGAUUGGUGGGUGUGGAGGUGGUUGAUUUUUAUUAUCAAUGUAAUUCUUGUUGGAAAGUUUAUUACCAAUAUCAGGUUACAUUUGGUCAUCACAAUCUUAGUCAAUUUGAUUCUUAUUUUCUGUCAAAAUGUUUGUAUUGAAAUCACCUAAAAGUACAAUAUCCUUUGCUUUUGCAUGUAACCCUGACAGCAGGAGUUCCAUUAUAUGUAGAAAAGUUUCCGUGUCACCUGAAGGUGCCCUGUAGACAGCCAGCACUAUUAUUGUGUAGUAAACAGUUAUUAUUUCAGUUGCACAUGCCUCAAAUUUUUGUUCCACACAAUAUUUCUUAAUAUCUAUAGCUUUGAAUGCUACACUAUUCUUGACAUAAAUUGUUACUUCACCUUUGUCUUUACUUUCACUACAGUCGUAUGUUACUAAACUAUAACUUACUAUAGAUGGCAAGGCACAUUUAUCAGUAACAUUGCACUCAGUUAAGGGCAAAAUCUGAGCAUUAUUUAUACAAUCCUUUUCAUUAAUGUUAAUAAGUAGUUUCUGUUUUGCUUAAGAGGCCUCUUGUAUUUUAAUGAAAGAAAGAGAUGCCUUCCUUUUGUUUUUUAUUCUGUUAGUGCUGUUGUUACCUGGCCAAGAGUCCAUGGAGUUUGCCUUGACGCUGGAGGGAGGAGACACUUGACAAUACCUACGGUUGUCCCUUAUUUUUCUUAAAGCUCACACAUGAAACAUCGUUGAGAUGUGGAGGAGGCUCAGCAUUUCUUCUGCCCAACACCCUUUUAUUUGGAUUGCUUGAUGAUUUCUUCCCAUUUAUUGCAUGUUGAAUUUGUUUCCGAAGCUAUUUGUUUUGUCCCUUCCAUUUAAUUUUAUUCGCAUUAUCUUUUUGGGACUUACUUACUUUGGGGAUAGUUCUAUUAUUUUCAAAUAAUGUUCAGGAACUUAGGUUUCAGUAAGUUAACCUGAAAUAUCUUAGUUAGCAUUUUCGUGUGAAUUAGUAAUUGACGGAAGUAAAAGAUUGGCAGCAAUUCUGUUCCUCACUGUAGUGAUGAGAGAAAUUGCAAUUAAAAAAAAAUUGCAAACCAAAAAAGCCUAUGUGGCACUGCUGCUUUCAGCCCUGAAGUAAAUUCAGGCAAAAUUAACCCUCAUUAGGUGUCAAAUUGAGCCCCACUAUCAUUUCGAAAUUUAGUGUUCACUCGUUACUUCAAUACAGAAAGUAGUGAUGAUACUGUGACAUGCUUGCAUAAAUGUUUCCAACCCAAACCCAUAACUAAGUACAGUUACGAGAAAGAGCUUGAGCGUUCAUGGGCAACCCAUACUGCAUGACCAAAAUAUAGUUUUGUUCCAAAAUUCUCUGCUGUCAGUCCAUUCAAAUACAUUGAUAAUUGAGUUACUACUGCUCAAUACAAGCACAAAUCAAUUCUCUACAUAACCAACACAUUACACUAUUCUUUGUGUGUGCAAUUCUUCCAAACAAACACAGUGAACACUAGAUUCCCACAAAAAGGUGCUAACCACAUAUAGAUAUACAUCAAAAAACUCAAUUGCCUCCAAAUUUGCUACACAAGAACACUAGCCAAAAUGUAUGAAACAAUCCCAAUCAGUAUUUGUCCAUAAAUCCAAUUGCAUGUCAACAAUAAGGGCUUGGUUUCAUACAGUCCCCAUAGUGAAAUAUCAUCCAACAAAUUACUUAAGCCUAUUCUUUACACAAUUAUUUUGCCAAAUCUCCAUCACUAGAGUCAAUGUUUGAUAAUGAGAACCACUAGACACUAAUUCAUUGGCAGAUACUUGCAGCACUAAACAAAUGAAUUAUAUCAGGCCAGCAGUCACUGACCUAUAAGUACCAAAACUCAGUUACUACUGUAAGUUCCAUCACUCUAUUACAACUAUCUGUCCUACAACUUCCUAUAACUUUCAGUAGACCGCUUACACUGAAAACUCCCCAGUGUGAGCUUGACUGUCCGGCAUGACUCCUUCACUGUAACUAACCGCAAGACACAUGUUAAACCUUUUUGGAAUCACUGAACUGUAUAACAAUACCAUUAGUUAAGACAGCCUUUGAACCUUCUUCUCGUGAUCAGCUUUCAGUGUUGCAGCAUAUUUGCCUCUUGAAUCAUUAAUAUAUAUUGUGGGAACAGGAGAUCGACCAGUGCAGUGCAUUGUUUAUCUUUGAACAAGUAGCUGAUUUUGAUACUUUGAUAUUCAUUCUUUGUUUUUCAUUUUUUAUUUAGAGCUGUACUUGGAUGUUACUCAAAGUAAAUAAAUCUCUCUUCAGUAUAUGUGGGUUGGAUUUCUGACAUACAUAAUUGGUGAUUCCGAAAACAAGACUGGUUUAAGUUGCAACAUUAUUACAUCUGUUAAACAUGGAAGGUGCAAAUAAUUUUUUACAAACCAUUGUGAUGAGAUCCUGCAGCUGCAAAAAGAAAUUGAAGUUUUAGAAAACAGUUGAUGCUGAGAAAAGACAGCAAGAUGGACGCGACGAGAUCACAAACUCCAGUGAUAACUACAGUGCCGUGAGCGCACACCUGCACCGAAAAUUUUCUUCAUGCAGAUUUGUUUGUGCCAACUGCACUGCGCCUACAAUUGCAGGUACCUCAAUUUAUGCUUACACAACCAGACAUCAGCUCGCAGAAGACUGUGAUCAGUUUACACUGGUAGUUAACAAUUUGGACCAGAGAGUGACAAUUUCCAAUUUCAUUCUACAACCACCCCAUCAACAAGCAUAGCUUGCCCUGAAAACUCCGCUAGUCACUCGCUGCACGAAGCUACCUGAGCAGAGGCUUUCACAAUUGCAUAACUAGGAGAAACUUGGGGACAGAAACCUUUCAGAAUUUUGGACACAUUUGUGAACGAUAGUGGACUGUAGCAUAAUAUCUAGUGAGUUGCUGCUACAUAUCUGGCGACAACAGCUUCCCUCUCCAGUACAGUUCACAUUAAUAGUGUACGAAGGACAACCAUUGGUUAAAUACUUACAAGUAGCUGAUAGAGCAUAUGCCACAUUGGAAUCAACCACACGACAGGAGAUGACAAAUGCGCAUCUGUUUUUGGUGGAACCGAUGCUGAAUUGUGCUGCCACAUCUUGUUGACUAUCAGCUGACAUCACUGGGGAACUCAGAGUUACGGACUACAAUGGGACGAACUGUCAUGCAGUUAGAGAGCUUGGAGUUAUGGACAGAUGCCAAUAAGAGGACGUGGUUGCCUCAUUCAUCAAUCUACAGCUGUCAGACACUACUCAAGGUCACACUACUGAUGAUGUUAUCUACUGGUAUCACAGACGGUUUGGUGCCCAUGCUACAAAGUGCAUGAAAUCGUGUAAAUACCCAACUGGCGAGGGCAGUUCGAAUUAGGCACUAUGGGCUGUGGCACUCACUAUGACGUAAGAAGAGUCAAAUUGCAACAAUGCCACAGGUGGACAUAUUGCAAAGGUAACAUCCAUGAUGGCAUGCUUACUACUUUUCCUAUGAGUCAUGACACAACUUCGCCUCAGUUGUUUGUGAUAAGAUUUCAGGCUUAAGAUUUUUAAUAGACACUGGUUCAAAGGUCAGCACCCUUCCAGUCACGAGUGCAGUUAAGAUGGCAAUGCAGGAGCCCUUACAGUUGUUAGCCAUGAAAAAAAUCUGGCAUCAAAAUGUAUGGGCACAAAGAUAUGAUGGACGUUUGUUUUCCUACUCCAUACAAUGGAGUUUUGUGGUGGCAGUCAUUACGCAACCCAUAUUAGGUGCUGAUCUUCUGUCGCUCUUUGCACUGGCUGUAGACUUGGCAAAUGCCUGCCUUGUAAGUGGGACACAAUGUGACAGGGUAAAGGUAAUUCAGACAUGUUCUGUGGGCUAUGUAAUAGGACUAAUUAAUGAUGCAAGUAAACAGUCGAUCCCCCAUACGUUGAUGCACCAAGCAGUGUUAAGCAUAAUACAGUGCAUAAUAUAUGCAUGACACAAGUUUCACAAUGUGUCUAUAAAAUAGCUCCAGAGCAGUUAGCUCAGACCAAGGUGAUAUUUAAGAAUAUGCUCCUUGCUUGGUAUUAUACGAAGGUCAGACAGCCCAUGGUCAUCCCCGUUACACCUAGUGCACAAAAAGGACAGCAUAUGGCGCCCUGUGCAGAUUACCAUAGGCUGAAUGCAAGAACAGCCCCAGAUAAGUACAGGAUACCUAAUAUCCAAGAAUUUACCUAUUCUCUGUCCAGUGCAAAAGUUUUCUCAGUGUUGGAUUGCUGGAAAGCUUACAGUCGAAUCCCAGUGGCACAUACUGAUCUUGCAAAGACAGCAGUUAUUACAUCUUUCGGCCUGUUAGAGGUUUUUUAUGCCAUUUUGUCUUAAAAAAUGUAGUCCAAACCUGGCAGAGAUUCAUGAUGAAGUGUUACAAGGAUUGCCAUUUUGCUUUGCAUAUUUAGAUGACAUAUUGAUAAAAAAAUUUAAGAUGGCGGCAAUUGAGAAGUUUAGUGAAUUUGUACAGCCAGUUAUUUUGAAUUUUCAAAUGUUAUCGGGCAUCAGUAGCAAAGAGAUGAUCAACAAAAGUGCGUCGCAAAGUUUAAAGUCUAGUGCCACGCAUAAAAUCCGCAGUGAAAAAUCAUCCAGAUCAAAAUGUAAGUGUGUAACAUGUGAAGUCCGUUCUGACAAAGCAAAAGGUCUGGGAAUUUCUCAAGGAUGUCAGCACACGGACCGGGACACUUCACGGGUUUAAAACUGUAAAAAGCGGCCUGCCGGCACUGUCCUGCUAUCUUUAAAUUUGUUGUCAUGUCGAUGAGCUGGCCGUUUGAGAUGUCGGAUAGCAGCCCGUAGUGGCCGAGAAAGUCCGUGCCCAGAAUCGGCUCAUUAACGCCGGCCACAGUAAGUCAACGAGAAUGUGCGGCGUAGAGCUAGAUCUAAAUUGCGGGCUGUUUGUGCUGUAAGUUUAAUAGCUGAAUUGUUCGCCGCUGUGAGGUAGAGUGCCUUGACCCGCCGGCGUUCUCGUAACAUAGAACGGGGGAAUAUUGAAAGGUCCGAACCUGUGUCAAGAUACCUCACGCCUGCACCCCAUUCCAUGACAAAAAGAUGCUUAGAUAUUGCACUCCAGCUGGGUGCGCCUAGCCCCGGUCACAGCUGGCGUUUGGGUGCGAUCAAGGGGUGCGACACCUGGUUGCUUUGUUGCUGAAGUGGGCGUGGUACCAGCAGUAGCUGCUUUGUGCCUGCUUUGAUGUCUGCGGGGUACCAUUGUAGCGGCUGUUGCUGUGUUGCUGGCUGCCCCUCCUGUAGCCUGCUCUGCUGGUGCUGCUGCUGCUGGUGCUGCUGCAGUGCGUGCUGCCCUCUUGCUGCGAGUGUACCAAUCGGUCGACUUGCGUGGAGAGAGCUGCCACCUGUGCGGCCAAGUUUUAUACUAGCUGGUGCUGAUCGGCUUCUGAAGCAGCUGCGGGAGGCGCAGAGGUGGGGGAGCUUUGUCGUCAGCUGCCGCAGCUGCGGUGCUAGGCACCGUUGUCAGCACGCCAUUGUCAGCGCAUCGUGUACCCAGUCAGCCAAGUUAGUGACGGUGUCCAGCUGCAUCUCUGUCUGUGCUGCUAUCACUGUGUGCACAUGAGCUAGGAGACUGUGCAGCCAGAUAGUGUGUAACAGAGAAUCUGGCACCAUGUCGGACUGCACGAGGCUCUGAAAGUGGCACAGAAACUGUGAGGGCCUCCGGUUGCCCCAUUCCUCUUGCCGCAGCAGUUGGUGCACUCGUUCCUCAGACGGCGAGAUGCACCGGAUCAGUUCCUCCUUGAGUUGUUUGGAUGACUGCGUCGGCGGGGCAGUGAUUAUAUCCCACACUUCGGCCACAUAGUUCUGAUUGAGCUGGCCCACUGUGUGUCCAAAUUUUGCCAGACUGCAGGUUACGUGGUUGCUCAUAAAGACUGUCUCCACUUGGCUGAACCACAUUACAGGGUCGUGGGACCAAAAGGGAGGCAGCCUGAUAAACACCCAUCCAGUGCUUCUGGGUUCUCCGGUGAUUGUAGGAGGCGUCGGUGUGACGGGGAUUUGCGCGCCAAAAUUGUCCUGAGAUGUCUGUGGCUGUGUGGCCUCUGUGCGUGUACCCCGUGCUUGUAGCUCUCUCCAGUCCCUUGUUGCAUACAAGCAGGUCUUCAAUGGUCUUUGGCAACUCUUCUAAUGUUGCCAUCUUAGCUUAGAGUUGAGUCCUCGCACAAGGUGAAAGUGCGCAAUGAAAAUAACACAACAAAGUAAAACACAAUAACACUGGACUGUUCGGAAUGAAACACACGCACAAACACAAUACCAAAAAAGUAUGUUCAAAGAAAAAAAAUCUACGUAGCACUGUUCGGGUGCAGGCGUGUACGCGCCAGCUUACUUGUGGCUCCACGUCACUCGUACCGACGAACGUUCGUCAUGACGUGUUUUUAGCCUCGGAUCAGAUUGGGGUUACCAGUGAAACGGCGACGUGUGGUAUCAUGGCUUACGGUCAUUAACGUGCGGUGAACCGGCUUUAUUGCCGUGCCCAUGCACUAUGUUCAAGGGAGAGGCUUGGCGACAGAAUGACUACAGCAGUUUUGUCGUGACACAUUUAUUCUUUGGAAAACUUAAACUAUGUUACAAAUGCAAUGCACCACUGACGUUCGUCCGUACAGGCAUGUUGCCCUAGCAGUAUGGCUCGAUUACAAAUCCUGGAGAGUGUACACUCCAGUGAUGACCCGUGGCGCGACCGCGUGGUGGACCGAGCGAGACAAAAGCCACGUCGCCGAAUGUCCAGCUCCUGGUGCGAGCGGAAGUGCUGCGAUGUCUGUGGAAGGGAGGAAGGCACUGUCAAAUGGAAGGGUGCACUCCACAAAAUGAGCAACUGCGUUUCAGACUGAGCAUAAGAGUUUGCGAGGGAGUCGCGUUGACUCUACGCACUUGGUCCGCGACGGUGAAGUCGGUGGAGUGGAGAGGUGUGUCGCGUUGCGUUGACCGGCUCGCACUGUCCCCUUGCUUUGUUCCGUGCGUCCGAUGCACAAUGCACUGUUGCUGAAAUUCGGCGUAGCAGUAUAGCUGCACUCGCGAAUGCCAGGUGUCACUUACUUGUCGGCUGUGCCGUAGUUCAACCCUUCACAUGUUUGAAUGGUGUGGCCGCUAAAAGGUAAAUUCAACAUUCAAGACGACAGUUAAUUUAACGAACACCACAAAUGCAGCAAGAAGAAUAAAUGUAUGUUUAAUGAGUGAUAGUCAUAGUAGAGGCUUUGCACACGAAAUAAAAAGUGUAAACAGUGAAGUAAAUGCUUUAGGUUUUAUUAAACCUGGCGCUCGUCUUGACCAAGUGCUUUCAACUGUAAACAAUAUCUCUCGAAAGACAAUAAGGAAGACUUCAUUGUAAUAUGUGCUGGUGCAAAUGACAUUGCACAUAACAAUGGCUUGCAUGUUGUUAAUAUCUUAAAAUCUGCUCUAAAGCACCUAAAUGACUCAAACGUCAUUGUUCUCGAUAUUCCACACUGGUAUGACUUGCAUCAAUUUUCGUGUUAACAGAGCAGUAGCAUAUACAAACAGUCAAUAUGCAGAAAUUUGCAACUGUUAAGCAAAUGUACAAAUGGUUAGCAUGCAAAAUUUUAGUAGAGAACUUUACACCACUCACAGCCUUCACCUCAAUUGGCGCGGAAAAUGUCACUUAGCGUCCAUUAUUUGUGAUAUUGUCGUAAAUGCUAGGAACAACAUAUACCCGAAGAAUGAGUGCUCCACAACACAAUAAGACUGCAGAAAUGGGUAGACAAACGACAUUGGACAAGUGGCUGCUGAAAACACCAGGUAAAGCUGAUUCUACCCAGUACAUGGAAACAGACAAACUUGAAUAAAUGGAUAGUGAAAAAUACCAAACCCACUCUGUCAACUGAUAUUUCUUUUUUAGGGAUAAUUGUGUAGGUGGUUUUGGAAAUCAAAAUCUAUUUACCAUCAAAACAUAUAUAGCCUGAGCAACCAGAUAAUGAAUUUCUAAUUAAUAUCCAGGAGCCACAAGGUGUAGAUGUGCCCAUGUCCUGUGCUUUAGUGAGCACCAUGUUAUGUCAGAUAUGGAAAAAUUUGCUAUAGAUAAUUAUUGGUUAGCAACAUCUUACUGUAGAAAAUUUCUAGUAAAAGGUAGCGUAGUGUUCCAUGUCAGAAACAGCAUUACAUGUGCAAUUAAUGUGCUGAAUUUUUGUAUAGAUCAACAGUUUGAAGUGAAGUGUGUGCCAUAGUGCUGGCUUUAAAUGAUUCUUACAUAGCAGUAGUAGCUUUAUAUAGGGCACCUUCAGGUAACUUUAGUAUUUUUUGAAACAGUUAGAGGUGUUCUUAAUAUACAUAUUUAAACUUGGGAAAUUUGCAUUGAAGUCUCCUACAAAUGACAUCUCUACUAACAAACUCCAGAGACAGAAUAGAUAUCAAGAACUUGAUGUCCCCACAUAAUUUUGUUUCCGUUGUAAAUUUUCCCACCAGAAUAACUUCACGAACAAAACCAUUAAUUGAUAAUGUAUUUAUUGACGUAACGAACAUUGAUAAUAUAGCUGUCAGGCAAGUCCUGAAUGGUCUCUCUGACCAUGAUGGACAAACACUCACCAUUAACACAUUGCCUCAAAACAACCCAAUGUCCCUAACAUUUUAAAUAACUAUAAAAAAUACUGUAAAAUAUUGAACAGUCAUUCAGAAAUCAAAAAGUAUGUAUCUGUGCUCAAAAAUUAAUAAAUUCACUAAUAAAAUCAAAACUAUAUGGGAAGUGAUACGAAAUGAGACUGGUGCAAAUUACCCCAACAAGACCCAAAAUAUUGCUCUUAACAAUGAAGGUAAGCUAGUUCAAAAUCAAGAUAUUGUAGCAAAAAUCUUUGAGUGCUUUUUAACUGUUGCUGAGAAAACAGCAUGCAAAGGCUCUUCAGAAAAGGCAAUUAAAACUCUUCAAAGAACUUUUCUCUAACUCUAUAGACAUGACAAGUAUGGCCCCCAUAACCGUGCAAGAUGUAAGGAAAACCAUAGCGUCUCUAAAGUAAAAAUUUGUAUGUAGACAAUAUUUCCAGAAAACUUCUAAAAGCCAACAAUAAUCAAGUCUCUAAAGUUCUAGCUCAUAUAUUAAAUUCCUCUGUAAAUCAAGGUAUCUUCCCUGACAGAAUGAAGUGGUACUGUGAAGCACCUCUACAAAAAAGGUAAUCCCACAGAUG